CACGGUGCAGUGGCUCGCUCGAUCUGACCCAGACAAGACACUUGGAUAUGAGCCUUUCAGGUGCGUUGAACAGGCGCUGAGUGACACCUGGCCCAGCCGAACGCGGCAAAGGCAGACCGACCGACCGACCAGUCCUUACCUUACGCCGGGCAAUGUAGUGGUACGUAGACAAGCCAACCUGCCAAAGUCGGUCGAGGCCCAGCGAGCCCAGCGAGCGGCCAGCGGAACAACAACAAGCGCAAGGCUACUACUACUUAUUCCGCGCGCACCUUAACUCCGCAUCGGACGCAGCCUCGAAGAGCUCGGCGCCGUCGGUGGCCGCAAUCGGCGUCGGCGGCGACGGUAGCGGCGGCGUAACAACGGCGUAACAAUCUGAUUCCGUGACAUCUGUCGGCCCUUGGCCCUCGGCGUGACGACAACAACAACCCCGCACUCGAUCCAUCCGCCAUCACCACCACGACGAUGACUCGGCCGACAAUAUCAAGAAUAGCAAGGCUCGCUGGCCUCGGUGCGCGCGCGCUGGCCACUUCCGCGCCGGCGCGAGCCUGGGGCCCGCGAGCUACCGCCGUCGAGCUGAGCUACGACACGGCCGUGCCGCGCGCUCCAAGUGCGCCGGGGCACGCAAUGGUCAUCUGCCACGGGCUAUUCGGCUCAAAAGCCAACUGGCGCGGCCUGGCCACCCGCUUCGCCGACAACUUAGGCAUGACGGUGUACACGCUCGACCUGCGGAACCACGGGCGGAGCCCGCACGCGACGCCGCACACGAGCCAGGCGAUGGCAGAGGACAUCGCGGCGUUCAUCGGCUCGCAGAGCGCGAGCCGGAUCCACCUCGUAGGGCACAGCAUGGGCGCCAAGGCCGUCAUGGCGCUCGCGCUCAACGCCGAGCUCAACGCCAAGCUCCACACGCUGACGGCCGUCGACAUGGCGCCGGCGAGCGAGCCCAUCGAGCCGCAGUACAAGGGCUACGCGGAGGCCAUGAUGGCCAUCGCGGCCGCGGGCGUGAGCAAGCGCGCCGAGGCGGACGCGAUGCUCGCGCCGUACGAGCCCGUGGCGUCUACGCGCCAGUUCCUGCUCACCAACGCCGUGAGCGUCAAGCGCGCCGACGGCAAGACGGUGCUCGGGUUCCGCGUCAACCUGCCCGUGCUGCACGACGCGAUCGACGGCCUCGGCGAGUUCAUGUACGACGCGUCCGAGCCGUCCCACCCGACAUGGGACGGACCCACGCUGUUCCUCUAUGGCCGGAACGCAGACUACGUCCGCGACGACAAUCUGCCCGCCGCGCGCGCGUUCUUCCCCCGCCUCGAGGCCGUCGGCGUCGACGCGGGCCACUGGGUGCAUGCUGACCAGCCCGACGAGACGGUGCGGGUCAUCUCCCAGUUUGUCAAGGCACACCUCGAGUCAUAACAACAAUGCAUUACAGGCGCCGGCGCCGGGUCUACACGCGCCUACCUGCGCUUCUUGGGCGGACACUUCUUCUUCGGCUUGCUCGUGGUGGUUGGCUCGGCGCUGGGCGCAGACGCGGGGGUUGCGGUGGUGCCCGGUGCCGCGCUAGACUCGGCAGUCGGGCUCGACGCCGCGGUGGGGCUCGACGCCGGCGUGGCAUUCGACGCCGGCGUCUCGAUCGCGACGGCCGCGGCCGUCCCUGACGCCGACGUGAGGUGCGUCAUCGCCGGCGUCGGCGCAGCUGCGAACGGGCCGUUGGUGGGCAGCGCCUCGCCGGCGGCAUUCGUCUCCGAGAACGUGUUACACACCAUGAUGUACGCCGCCCC